UUUUUUAAUUUUAUGUUACAAAACUUGUUCCACCUUAUGUAUAGGUCUUAUUUUUCUACUUAAUAAAUAUUGAUCAAAUAAAUACAACUAAACAUCAACCAACAACUGAUUGUCGAAUAAAUAAAUCCAUUGAGUCGAACUACUCCCCGAGAACCCAACUCAGCUAGAGCAUCUAGUCAACUAUGAACAUGAGAAUCCCUUGCACCAUACACGAAAAUAAACACGUCGUACGUAAUAUAUAUAAUUGGUCCUAUUCUUCCAUAUGAUUUAACCGCAUAUUGUGGUGCCCUAUUGCUUAAUUAACACCCUCGCUCUUCCUUUCUCUCCCUCAUUGUUUCCUACCCAACUUAUUUUCUCCUCAAUUUUUCUCUCUUUUUCUCUCAAAAAUGGAGCAAAAACCUCAAACUCAAACCAAAACCAAUUCACAAAAGUCACAAAAAAAUGAUCAACAAAUAUUACCAAACCUUCAAAAAACUAACAGCAACAAUAACACCAAUAAGAAACCAAUAUGGGAUUGUGGUAGCACCCUCUACGACUCAUUCGAGCUCACCUCGUUCCAAAGACAACUCGAUUCCGCCAUUAUCAACUCAUCUAGAACCUACUCCAUGCCUCGUCUUCCCUCCGACCACCGCCGUGCACCACCACCACCACCACCGUCGAAGAAGUCGAUAACCUCGAAGGUUUCCAGAUCUUUCCAGAAGCUUCUACGGUCUGUUUUUAGGGCUUCUAAGCCCAAUAAUAACAAUAAUUCGAAGCCCAAUUAUGAUAGUAGUAGUAGCAGCCCUGAUCCAUGGUUUUUGGAUCCUGAGGUCAAAGAAAAAGAAAAGGUGGUUGAUGGUGGUAGGUAUUUUCUUGUCUAUGAAAAGCCCAAUGGGCUUUCGAGUAUUCCUGAAGUUCCGGAAGUUUGCUUUUCGCCUGAGAUUAGUUCGUUGGUUAGGAAAACGAUGUCGGAUCGUUUCACGGCUGCUUCUACUGGUAUUUACUGUAUUUAAUAUAGAAUAAUUUAUUAAGGUAUGUAAAGAUAUAAAAUCGAGUAUAUUAACUUUUUAAGAGCUUGUAUUAUUGAUUUUCCUUGUUAAUUAUAUGGAAAGUUGCUAA